AUGUUGUUUCUCAGACUAUGGCUCGCCCUCUGGGUGUGCAUGCUCCUGGGGGUCGACGCCACCAAAGUGAUCAAGUCGCAGUCGCUUUUGACGUGUAUGGACAACUCCCAGUUCACCGCGACCAAGUUCGAUGUCGUCCUUUACCCCGAGAACAGUACGGUCUACUUCGACAUCUCCGCUCUUUCAACCAUCCCCGACGACACUUUUGUUGUUGCUAACAUUACCCUCGUUACCUAUGGGCUCAUCCCGCUUAAGCAGCUGUUUGACUUCUGUUCGUUGAACUACCCGCUGAUCUGUCCCUUCCAGCCGGGGCAUUUGGAUAUUCAACUGUCGUAUACGCUUGACAAGAAGAUUAUGGACAUGAUUCCCGGUAUUGCUUACACUAUCCCUGAUUUGGACGCUCGUGUGAGAGUGGUUAUCCACUCCAACAGUCUGACUGAACCUUUGGCGUGUGUCGAAGCUGUAUUGUCAAACGACAAGACCGUUCAAACCAAAUAUGCCCUGUGGCCUAUCGCUGCCAUCUCUGGGCUUGGGGUUAUUGCCCUGGGUGUGGUCCUGGUGAUCGGCCACUCGAACACUGCCGCUCACAUCGCGCUGAACUCGAUGUCGCUUUUCAUUUACUUCCAGUCUUUGGCGAUCAUCUCGAUGCAGGCCGUGGCUAAAGUGCCCCCUAUUGCCGCUGCGUGGUCUCAAAACUUCCAGUGGUCAUUGGGGAUCAUUAAGGUUGGCUUCGUCCAAGCAGUGGCCAACUGGUACAUUCAAGCUACUGGUGGUACUCCUACUUCGGUGAUCGAUCAAAGAAGAUUGUCAGUACUGGUACAAAAGAAGCGUGGUUUGGGAUACCUUGAGCAGUUGCACGAUCUUUAUCGCCGCCAGUUGCAAAAUGAUCACCUUACGUUGUUCAAGCGGUUUUCCCUCAGUGUCGACACUGAUGCUAGCUCGUUCGACAAUACCGACCUGGACUUGUACACUACUCUGGAGAAGGACGCUAACUUGGCGCUGAAGAUCUUGGUGCUUCGUGGCAUUCAACGUGUCGCCUAUCUUGCAGGUAUUGAAAUUACAUCAUUCUUCAUGACUCUGAUCAUGUUCUUGUUGUUUUUUGCUUUUGUUUUGGUGGUGUGUCUUAUGUUCUUCAAAGCGAUUGUGGAAAUUUGCGUGCGCGCUAAAUGGAUGAAUGAAGGCAAGUUCAGUGAGUACCGUCAACAAUGGGGUCACAUUAUCAAAGGGUCGUUGUAUCGUCUUUGCUUUAUUUCGUUGCCACAAAUCACGGUGAUGUGUAUUUGGCAAUUCUUCGAACGUGAUUCAGCUGGUACAGUGGUGCUUUCAGCAUUCCUUUUGGGUAUCUGGAUCAUUCUUUUGGUUCAGGCUGCUGGUAGAGUGGUAAUGAUGGGGCGUCAAUCCGUUCGCGAGUUCAAAAACCCCGCCUACCUCCUUUUUGGUGACGGCAAGUUCCUCAACAAGUUUGGAUUCAUUUACGUGCAAUACCGUGCCGACAAGUACUGGUGGAUCGCGAUCUCACUUAUUUACAUCGUGUUGAAGUCUUUGUUUGUGGCUGUGUUGCAGAACCAAGGUAAACCGCAGGCGCUUAUUGUGUUCAUCAUUGAGUUGAUCUAUUGCGUGGCAGUGUGCGUUUUCCGUCCCUUCAUGGAUAAGCGUACCAACGCAUUCAACAUCACUAUUGCCAUCAUCAACACCAUCAACGCGCUUUUCUUCGCGUUCUUCUCCAACAUUUUUACCCAACCAGCUGUGGUACUGUCGGUUAUGGCCAUCGUAUACUUUGUGCUCAAUGCCGUGUUUGCCUUGUUCCUUUUGUUGUUCACGAUCAUCACCUGCUUAUUGGCACUCAUCUACAAGAACCCCGACACUCGUUACCAACCGAUGAAGGACGAUCGGGUAUCGUUCUUGCCUCGGUUCACGGGGAAGAGUGCUCAACAUCAAAACGACAAGGAAGAAUACGAAUUGUUCCAGUUGGGCCAAACCGCGAUGAAGGGUCACGAACAUGGCAAGGGUGGUGCUUACGAGGACCUGGUGUACGAAGCCGAGUCAUACUACCCCGAAUCCAGCAAACAAGGCCUGGGUCAAGGUAAGGUGACGUUCACUGAUGAAGUGCACCUGAUAAAUAAUCGCGAUCUGUACUAUAUGGAGCCGAUUGAGCCCGUUCAACCGACUCUGACAAUUGGUGGUACUGCCCUGAGUUUUGGUGGUAGCACCAGUUACGGCGGUAGCCAAUACGGCGGUAGCCAGUACGGCGGGUCUCGCCUGGCAUACACUACACCGGCCUACGAGUCGCCAGCCCCGCCACAACACGGGUUCCCCUCAACAGGCCAGAACCUGGGUCAAGGUGGCUCAAGCAAUGGGCCUUCGGCGUAUUCACGCCAAACCGGGUACACCCCACGCUAUUAA